AUGUCGAUCACAGAUGGCAUCCGUUAUUGGGCAAUGUCCACAAAUGCUACGUAUCGCUCGAUCAACUUGGUUUUAAAACUGUUCCAACAAGCUCGCGUCAGGGUUCCGGGAACCGCCAAGACGUUGCUGAAGACGAAUCGUGAUCGCUCGUUGCAGAUAGCAGAGAUUGGUGGUGGACACUUUUGGUAUCGCGGGAUAAAACGUUGCCUACUAAACUACUUCCGCACCGAAAAAUCGCCUUCUACGCAGGUUUCUCUAACCUUUUCGAUAGAUGGUUUACCUCUACAUACAAACAGCACCAUGCAGUUUGGGCCAAUUAUGUUUGCCAUUCAUGAGCUACUCCAAGCACCGGUGAUGACCGCAGCCAUCUUCUGCGGACCAAGUAAACCCAAGUCUUUAGAGGAAUACCUCCGUCCGAUGGUUAGUGAGAUGAAUGUUUUGAUGCAGCGUGGGAUAAUCGUUCAUGGAUGCAACGUCGCCAUAAAAUUGCGUGCAAUUGUUGCAGACACUCUGGCAAGAGCAUUCAUAAAAGGAGUCAAAGGCCAUACUGGAUAUAACAGCUGCAUGAAAUGUACCGUCGUAGGCGAAUACAGUAAGGCAGGACACACCAUGACAUUUCCUGGCACCAACGCUCCGAAGCGUACCGAUAGGAGUUUUAGGGACAAUGCGCACCCCGGACAUCGCUUGAAGGAAACGCCGUUGGUGGAUUUACAGUUCUUUGACAUCAUCAAAGACAUACCAACAGGAGAUCGUCUACACUGUGUGGACCAAGGCGUCAGCAAACAGUUGGUUUUAGGCUUUCGAGACGGAGCGUUAUUAAAAGAACGGUGGACGCCAGAUCAAUGCAUCCAAAUUUCAGAGCAUAUUGAGAAGAUUAAUUUACCAUCAGAAAUUCACCGAAAAAUUCGCCCUAUCAAGCAAGCACAUUUUUGGAAAGGGUCAGAGAGUGCGUCCUUCCUUCAUUAUGCCGGAAUCGUAGUGCUGAGACCACAUCUUCCUGAUCGCGUGUACAGACAAUACAUGCUACUAUUUUGUGCUGUGACGUUCUUGUCUUCUUCCGUGUAUAGGGAGAAGUGGCGUUUCGCAGGAGAAUUGUUUAACAAAUUUGUCGAGGAUUUUCCAAGCGUGUACGGCGAACGAUAUGUUAACAGUAAUGUACAUAUUUUACAACAUUUAUAUGAGGAGGUAGAACGAUUUAGGCCAUUAUCAUCCUUUUGUACAUACCCUUUUGAAAACCAGCUGCAACAUUUAAAAAAAAUUGUUAAGAAGUGGGUGGAAAGAACUACAACAGGCGAUUAAUCGACUUACGGAAUUUGAGGAGUACUAUAUAGGACCCACAUAUGUAGCAUCGAACUCCUCUAUUUCUAAACGAGGGAAUUUAGUUUCAUUUUACCUCCGAAAUGAUUGUUUGUUCCAAAAUAAUGCUAAAAAUUGUUGGUUUAUGAGCAAGGAUAACUACAUUUACCAAUUUCAAACGGCCAAUGGUCACGUUGACGAUGGCAAUCUGCGUAUUUGUGGAAAAAGAUUGUGUUUACACAAGAAUAACAAUAGUGGUAUAAACCGACAGUUUGCUGGUUUCGUCAAGUUUCAGCAACUGUCGUAUUGUGAGUGCCGGUGGCACUCAGUGGGCACUCAGAGAAAAGGUUAUAAAAGGAAAAACAAAUAAAAAAAAUCCCUCUUCUUCGCUUAAAAAUCCCGCCAAUCGUACGGUAACUAUUAGAAAGAAAAUUCAGCAUCCGAAUUCCGCAAGUUUGUUCAUAGGCGGAAUCCUGUGUCCCAGGAUUAGCAACCUGACUAUGCUGACUAUGCUUUGCGAAAUUUGGCGUUUUCCGUACUAUGGAUUUUUAAACUGUACACGAACCGUUUUUAUGUUGUAAUAAUUAGCGCAAGUCAGUCUGCCUCCAGAAUCCGUUGCGAGAGGACGUAUUUCGUUUGAAAGCGUGCCUACGGAAUUUUGCUAAGUAGUAGUGCAGUGUGCUGUUUCGCUACAGGGAAGAAAGAGCGAGUACGAUAGCAAAAUUUACGGGUGUUGAACACUUUGGUUUAUUUCCAAGAAAAUAACGACCAUUUAACUAAAGUUCAACGUUUUUUAAAUAUUUUGCUAGGUCGUUCUCAUGUGAACGAUUGCUGCUGCACAUCUGUAAAUGUGCUAAUAGAAAUGCAUGAUUCAAAUACAAGCAUGGUCACUAAAUCCAUAUGACUUGUACGAUAAUAUGGGUCAGGGUUAAUUGCAAAAGGCGCGAAAAUGCAUGUCACAAGGAAGAGAGAGAGAGAGAGAGAGAGAGAGAGAGAGAGAGAGAGAGAGAGACGGAGAGAGAGAAAAAGGGGGGAACGAGGAUGGAUAGCCUUAAUGCAGAUAAAAACUGCAUUAUCCAAAAACACACCGUUGGUGUAACACUGUGUUUCGUUUUCGGAUUUUUUUGUUUAAUACUUUGCCGCUUCAAUUUCCGUCAUGGAGAUAAAAAAACGGA